AUGACCAGUUUUUUGUCGAUGCUUGUAAGAGUUGAAAUGCCUCUACAAAUCGAGCACACUGGUAAAAUCCCAUUUACUGUGGGUUCAGAAUCCUUUUUCACGAAAUAUUGGGCUUUUGGGGACAUGAGUCUAGGUCGGCCCCUGAUCUGUGUCCACGGUGGUCCCGGUAUACCAAGUACUUAUAUGAGACCUUUCGCCACUUUGGCGAGUGAACAUGGCAUACCCGUCAUCAUCUACGAUCAGAUAGGAUGCGGGCAGUCUGCUCUUUCUCAAAACGGCGAAGGCUUGUCUCAUUUUAGUGAAAGGGACUCUGCUUUCUGGACAGUGGCGCUCUUCAUAGAUGAGCUCAUGAAUCUGAUCGAAUACAUGAACGUCGACACUUUCGAUCUUCUUGGACAUUCUCGGGGUGGAAUGAUCUGCUCUGAACUUGCUGCCAAGCGAAAACCAUGCGGCCUGAGAAACCUUAUUCUGGCAAAUUCACUUGCCUGGAUGGGCGGGUGGUGCAGCGGUAAUAUAAAGCUUCUGCAAGGCAGUCGAAUCUCGGCGAAUUCAGUGCAUGUGAUUCAGAAUGCUGAAUGUCACCCUGGGCAUGGGCAAGAAAUCGAAAGCCGAAUUUCUCUACAGAGUACAGAAUACAUUACAGCGCUUCGUGAGUUCCAGCACACAUUCACUUGCCAAAUGGACCCUUGGCCUACAGAAUUUCUCAGCUCUUUGGAGCAGGCCAACACAGGGAACGUUGUGCACCUUGCCAUGUAUGUUUCAAACUUGAACAUGCGCCCGCUUCUCCUUUCUAACCCUAUUCGCCUCGGAUAUACUACAUAG